AUGGAACCGCCAUUACCGAGUUUAAGACUAUUUCUUUUGUGCUUCGUCUUCUUCUUCAUCUCUGCUUUCAUCUUAGUUGACUCACAAUCACAAUCACAAGAUCCAUCCAUUUCUCCUCCUCCGCCGCCGCCGCUAUCAUUAACUCCAACUCCGCCACCUCCUCCGGUGAGAGUCGGGAUCAACAAGGCGAUUCACGAGAAGCAUCAUCACCGGAGAAGAAAAUGGAGACAUAGAAAGAACCAAAACCAUCCACGGCCACGGAAGCAGAGGCUCAACACUGGAAAGACGGUGGGGCUUUUCUUCGCCGGUGUAGCGGCAGCUUUGCAAGUAGUAGUCGCUGCUUUCCUGCUCUUCAAAAGACGACAGCUUCUUCUCCGUAAGAUCAAUGAUACACACUGA